ACACGCGUUUGCGCCUUGCGUCUGCAUUUCUUCUCCGUUUCUCUGCUGUGUUUUUUACUGGCGGUUGGUUGGUUGGUUCCGGGAUUUCGCGAGGUGUGGUGUGGGUUUUGCCUGAAAAGCUCUCGUCCGGAAAAAAGGUUUCCUCUUCCGGGCUUCACGUAGGCGAUCUCCUACCAACUCCCGCAGGCCGCAGUGCCUUGGCGCUACGCCUCUUGCUCUUUUCUGCUUGGGCUAGUCGGGAGAGGCUUCCUCCCCCAGUCGGUUUCCUUUCUUCUCUGCUCUCAGUCCCAUGUUUCUCCGCUGCAGGCCUCUGUAAAAGGUUUCUUACCUUUGCCGUUUCAGAAAGGAAAAGGUUUUGUUUCUGGCGCUUCAAAAUCUCCUUUUCAAAUUGUUCUUGGUGCCCCUAUAGCUCCAACUUCCCAGAACUCCUGAGUUGAUCUCGACGAGUUUGUACGCACUAGUAGUGCCUCUGUUCUUUGCAGUUGGUGCCCUUUUGUAAAUUAUAAGGACCACGGCGCCAUGGGCCGCGCGAUGAGGUGGCUCAAGAAGGUGCUCACCGGCGGCAAGAAGGAAGGAGACAGGGGCCGGAACAAGGAGCACAUCAAUGGCGCCGCGGCGGGCGCGCCGCCGAUGAUAGAGAGGAAGAGGUGGAGCUUCGCCAAGGCGAGGAACAGCGUGGCCGACGGCAGCCGGAGGCCUUCGGUGACCGCCGUCGUGGCCGGCGAGCUUUCUCAGGUCAGGCCGUGCAACUGCGGCCAGGAGCGCGAGGUGGAGGCGGCCGUCAUGAUUCAGAAGGCCUUCAGAGGAUACCUGGCUAGGAGAGCUCUCCGCGCUCUGAAAUCGCUCGUCAAGAUACAAGCUCUGGUACGCGGCUACCUCGUGAGGAAGCAAGCAGCACAGACGCUGCACCGGCUGCAGGCGCUCAUGAGGCUGCAGGCCUCGUCCCAAGUUCUGAAGUCGUCGUCCCGGAAAUCCAUCGAACAGGAGCGGAAGACGUCGGUGCUGCCGGUGAUGAUGCACCGGCGGAGGCUGUCGGAAGGCGGCGGGAUGGACGCCGGCUUCGAGCGCAGCGGCAGCCCGAGGAUCGUGGAGAUGGACACGUGCCAGCUCCGGUGCCGGUCGUCGCGGAUCCCCAGCCGGCACGCCGCCGCCGACCCGGCGCCGCCGCUGUCCUCGCCGCUCCCGUGCUUCUUCUACCAGAAGCCGACGCCGUCGCGGCUCCAUGAGCUCGAGACGCCGCGGCCGCAGCCCAAGACGACCCAGAACACGCCCCGCCUCGGAGCGCUGCCCCCGGCCGGCAUCAUCUGCGGCGGCGUCUCGCCAGCGAAAGGCCGGUCCUCGUGCGUGGGCGGCCGGGAGUCCAGCAGCAGCCCGCGGUACAUGGCGGACACGGCCUCCUCUGUCGCGCGCACCAGCAGCCGGUGCCAGAGCGCGCCCCGGACGCGUCAGUCUGCCCACGCCGCGCCGGUGGAGCCCAAGGCGCCCGGCCUGGCCCGCUCCGGGUCGAGGAAGGCGCAGCCGCAGGACAGCUUCAGCUUCAAGAGCUCCGAGGCCAGCCGCAUGGAGGACUAUUCCGAGAUCAGCGACGAGGUCACCAGAGAUUACUACCUCGACCAGCUCUGGUGAUUACCAGUUUACCACUCGUCGUCCCGGCCGCUACUGAUUAGGGGAAAAGCUUUUUAACCAUCUCGGUAUAUAUCUUAGUACUAGGAUUAACAAAUGCUUAGUUCACGGCACAGCGUUAUCAUUAUCAUCAUCUGAUAAUGUAUGUAGCUCAAGCAUGGCACAGAACAGAGAAUGGGAAUAAAAUCCGUUCUGCUUCUGCCAAACCAUUUGGGGGAAAACGAGGCCGGAGUUCGUGGAUUCCCACUUC